AUGACAGAGUCUAAUUCUGUAUCAUCCGUCAAUGAGGAUAUAAAUUCAACAAAUAAUACCGAACAGCAAGAAACAACAACAACAACAACAACAACAACAGCUACACCUACAGUUACAAAUGAUGAAUCUAAUCAAGAAGUAACUGUUGUACCAACUGAAGAUACUACCAAUGAAAAUGUUAUUGAUGAAAAUAAAACUGAAGAAAAAGAACAAAUUCCAGAAUCAUCAUCUAAUAUAAAUACAAAAGAAUCUGAAUCUCAGUCGAAAGAGCCAUCAAGUGAACGACAAUUUCAAGAUGCUGAAAAAGCAACAGAAGAUGAUGAAGAAGUUUAUGAUGAUAAUGAUUCCGAAUAUGAAGAUGUCGACGAUGAAGAAGAUGAAGAAACCGAAGGGAAAAAUUCUGCAGAAGUUUCAAAUAAAACACCAAAUAAAACUGCAACUGAAGAAGAUGACGAACGCAUCAAUAUAAAACCUCGUCGUUUACCUAAAAAACGUGAUGAAAAUGAACAUUCAGAAGGUUAUGAAGAUGAUGAUAGUCAACAUGCACCAAAUACUAAAGCAAAAUCAACUCGACGAACAGAAAAAAAAUCAGAUAAAAACCUUGAUCCACUUGAUGAUGAUAAUGAUGCUCGAAAUCCAGCUUAUAUUCCACGUAAAGGAAAAUUUUAUGAACAUGAUGAUCGAACAAAUGACGAACCAGAACAAGAAAAACAAGAACCAAUAAGAAAUCGAAAUCGUCCAUAUAGAGAUUCAGAAGCUAAAUGGCAACAUGAUUUAUAUUAUAAUUAUGAAGACGAAUCAAAUGCUCGUCAAUCAAAUUACAGAGGACAAAGACAUGGUCGUUUUAGACGUGGUGGUGGCGGUGGUGGUGAUGAUCGAAAUCAAUUACAUUUAAAUGAUUACAUUCCUCCAGCUCAACGAGGACGAGGUGGUGGUGGCUAUCGUCAACAACAAUAUUAUGAUGAAGGAAAUGAUUAUCGUCAACGACCUCCACCAUAUGCUAAAUCACGUAAUGAUCGAAUGAAUAAUUUUGAAUUUGAAGAUUAUAAUCGUUCAUCAUCAUAUAAUAAUAAUCGUGGUCGUGGCAAUCGAACUAAUUAUGUUGAACCACAAACACCACCUCGUAGACAAAGACGUGAUUUUGAACAAUAUCAAACUGAAGAACAACCAAUACCACCACGUCGCAGUCAACAACAUGCAACGGCGGAACAAACAUUUCAUCGUGAAAGAAAUUUUACUAAUACUCAAUUUCAACAACAACGUAAUGUACCAAAAAAUAAUAAUAAUCGUGAUGAUCAAAAACAAUCAACUGAACAAACUCAUGAAGUAAGUUCAGAUGAUAAUAAAAACAGAAAUCGUAAUCAACGUCGAGAGAAUAACGAACCACCGCGACGUCAAGUAAAAAAUAAUCGGAAUCAACAGUACCAGCAACAACAAAACGAACCUAGUACUACUGGUUCAAAUCUCUCAGCUGAAGCGCCAAGUUUUGAACGUUCGAAACGCUAUUCAAAUAUGCGUAGUAAUGCUUCAAUUUCUGGCCAACAACACCAACAACAACCACCACUACCAGUUCAACAACCUCAAAUACCAAUGCAAACUUAUCAAGAUCAACGGACUGGUUAUUAUGAUCAAAAUCAUUGGCAACAAGCACCACCUCCAGCUACAUAUCUUCCACAACAACAGCAAAUGAUACCAACACAAAUGUAUCAUCCACAACAACCAAUUCCCACUCAAGCCUUUUAUGUUCCUCCACAAUAUCAACAAGCUGCACAAUAUGUUCCUAUGAAUUAUCCACAAGGAUCUAUACCUCCACAACUUCAAGACAAAUGA